AUGAGAUAUGCACCCAUCUCUGACGGUGGGGCCGCGGGUGAGGUUCAAGACGCAACACAGGCAUCCAAAACCCUGUUUGUCAGGGAGGCCUCCCUUCAUCUGUUGACAGGGCCAGACUGGGAAGUUGGGAUGGGAGAACGAGGUUACGUGAGGAGGGUGGUGUGCAAACCUGGCGCUGUGUUCGCUCUGGGAGGCGUCAAUCUGAGUUAUAUAUGCCUUGUUGGCGUGUGA